AUGCACUACAGCUUUACGAAAAAACUGUUAAUAUCGGAAUACAACGGCCUUUACAAGCAUGCAGCGGAUAAGAAUAAAAGAAACGAUAAAGAUCAGAUCACCGAACAGCUCUCGUUACCAAAGAUACCAAUAGUAAUAGCUACCGACUCUUACUCACUUUACGAGUGUUUAAUAAAGCUCGGCACAACCAAGGAGAAGAAGCUCAUGAUCGAUGUAAUAGCUUUACGACAAUCUUACGAACGCAAAGAGAUCGCCGAAAUACGCUAG